AUGCUUGGAGACCCAAUACCAAAACUUUUCCUUAUGAUUAAUUUCCAGCCCCAGCUAUCAGUAAAUUUCAUGAAAUUAGUUAAAAAUUCACUAGUUGAUAAUGGAGAUAAUGAUGGAAAGAUUUUAGAAGAAUAUGUAUAGACUCUAAAUAUCACAACUGAUACGACUUCAUGUAUCUAGGCUUGGAUAGGAAAUGGAAAGUGUGAUAAGCAAAAUAAUCAAUUAAAGUGCAAAUGGGAUGGAGGAGAUUGUUGUCUUAGCACUUGCCAGCCUAAUUGUGAUAAGCUAUUUAUCGAAACUAAUGAAAACUGCACAUAUACCUGCGGAGCUAAUGGCUUUGACUGCUAGGAUAGAUCUGCAGGAUGUGCAAGGUGCAAUUUAAACAAUGGAAUAUGCAGAGUCUAAGAUUAAUGCCUAUUUGGAGCGACCUCUUAGUCGAUGGAUAUUGUAUAUAGAUAUUUGGACGUGUGCUACGCAUAUACAUGGUCAAUGGGAAAUUCAAGAACAAUCAAUUAGUAUUGUGGAAAAGAUCCUCUAUUCAAGAUUAUUCAUGAUCCUACAAACACUGGCUUGCAUUUCCCAGGUUGUGGGUUAACUGCAGAUCAGUGUACUUUUUAGUCCACUUUUGCAGUUGCAGAUCAAAGAACUUCUUGCUAGUUGUACUUUUCUAAUUGCUUUAAGCAAAACAUGAAGCAUAGAGGUUAGUGCUGCUAGUGCAAUGAAGGGUGGACAGGGUUCGAUUGCACUACUCCGGUUUGCUAGCCUCCUUGUGUUCAUGGUGAAUGCGUUGGUCCAAAUAAUUGUAAAUGCUAGUCAGGAUGGCAAGGUAUAACAUGUAGUGAAGGUAUAUGUACUAAAUGUAUAUAUGGGUUGUGUACUGCACCAGAAGUAUGCGAAUGCUUUUAUGGGUACGAAGGAGCAGACUGCAAUACUCCAGUCAGUCAUCCAGCAUGCGUUCAUGGAGUUCCAAUCAAGCCUGACUAAUGCAAAUGUGAAAUUGGAUGGACAGGCCCUAUUUGCGAUGUUCCUGAUUGUCCACUUGGCUGUAAUAAUGGUUAUUGUGUGGAUGGGCAAGUUUGUGAAUGUAAACCAGGAUACUACAGUAGUACUUAGACAUCUCUUUGCGAUAAGAUAGAUUGUAAGAUAUUGGAUCCUCAUUGCUUCGACUGCGAUCUUAAGAAAUGUCUUGAAUGUGAUCUCAAUUACUAUAUGGAUAGUACUGUCAAUAAAUGUUACUCCUGCUAAACAGUUUAUGAGCCAAUGUGCUUGUACUGCAAUAUAAACCAAUGCAUAGAAUGCUAUCACCCAUAUAGACUAGACCCAUUCACUCUCAAGUGUGUCACUUAUGGAUAAAUAGAAUUUGCUGAGACGAAUCUGACUGUGAUAGAAUCUGAUGAUUUUUUUACAGUGACAGUGAGGCGUCUCUACACUUCAGUUGGAAGAAUCUCAGUCAAUUAUGAAUUAUCUCUGACCCAUCCAUAUUAUACAAGGCUUGAGUAUCUAUUUGGAGAAUUGGUAUUUCUAGAUGGAGAAUUAGAAAAAGAGAUAAAAUGCAAAGUUUUUAAAAGGCAAUAUUUUGAAGACAAUGAGAGCUAGACAAUAUUUUCACUUCAUUUAUUCAAUCCAUCUUAUAAUACUGAAAUUGGUUACAACAACAGAGUGAUUAUCUAUUACUAUGACGACGAAGUGAAUAUGAACGAUGCUUAUUUUACCCAAGUAACGAUCAACAACCUUUAUAAUAAUCAAAAGGAGUUAUCAAUGCUAAUUGGAGAUGAUAAUACUAUUAGAAUUUUUUCUUAUCAUGGCAAAGGUACGAAGAAGACGAACGGCAAUGACCUAUUUAUUGUGAGGCUUUAGAAUACUGAUAACACAGAAGUUGAGAUCCAGAAAUCCACACACUCAGUAAAUGAGAUUCAUACUGUAGUAUUUAAAGCCAAAUCAUUGAAACUUAGAGCAGCCAGGAUUUACUCAACGACAUCAGGCUUUUCUAUGUACUACUUCGAUAAUACUAGAUUUCUUUCAGUUCCCUAUAUCUCAAGAAUUGAGAACAGUUUACCCAAUGUUUUUACCAAAGAGACUAGAUAUCUCAGUUAUUUUUCAUUAAGAAUAGAGGCUUUUGUUAUUUUCAAAUUAGCAUCUACUACUACACAGGAGGAUAUGAAAUUCACUCUCACUCUUAGCGACUAAGCCUCCGCUAGAUUCUAUAUAAACUCAGUAUUGGUUUAUGAUAGUGGAUAGUUUAAUUGCUUUGGAAGUUACUAUGCAACUGGAGAAUUCUGUUGUGCAAUUACCAAGGACUUCACUGUCAAAAGGGUAGACAUGACUGGGAAUGUACCCUACUACAUGAGAAUUGAUUAUAGACAUAAAGAAGGGCAACCCUGUAUUAGAGUUUUCAGGCAAAGCGCCAGUAUUGCUUUUGAUAUGGAAAUUAUUAAAUUUAUUGACACUAAUUCGAAAUUGCUUAUUGGAGAUAUGGUGUUAUAAGCCACAAUUUCAAAUACAAUUAUAAUAUAUCCAAGAGAUAUAUAUGGAAAUAAAAUAGAGGGAGUUACUUAUUUGAUAUUUAAUGCUGUUGUUAAUGAUGGAACAAACUAGGUUACUGAUUCACUUGCAAAAUCAGAUUGGAAUGAGUACAAUCUUAAUUCCACAAGUCCAUGCUAUAUCAACAUGAUUUGUAGCAUUUAAUUGACUCUGAGAGAUAAGAAUAGAAACAUAGUGGAUGUUCCAUAUUUGUUUAAGUUUGAAGACUUAGAUGCACUGAUAGUAGGACCUUUCAGCGCAACUAUAUCUCAUGAAACUUUAUUCAUUCAGUCUUUUGAUAACUCUUAAUCUAUUCAAGGUAUUUACUUUGUGAAGUAUAAGAGGUUUUUUGUGGGUUAAUACAGAGUAUAUAUUAGAUUCAGGGGUGAGGAUGCACCUACCUAUCCUAUCAUAAUUUAAAUACUUACAAAUUCGGUAGAUCCUGAUCAUACUGUCCUCCUAUCCACAGAUUACAAGCAUUAAAUAGCUGGAAUUCCUUUCACAGUAAAGAUUCAAGCUAGAGAUAUGUAUGACAAUGUUGUGCCCUCAAGCAUCGUUGAUAUAACGAUUAAGCAAACGAACAUAAAUAAAACCUCAACUUUUAACACAGAAUUUACCAAGGUAUAUGAAGGAGAGGGAGUUUACAUUCUUACGACAACUCUAACUGUAAUUGGGUGGUAUGAGUACAAUAUUCUAGUUAGGAAUGAGGCAUCAUUCUUCGGUAAAAUCAAGAAUUCUCCUUUCUCGCUAUACCUCAACUCUUCAUAUCCCUCAAGAGAAACGACUAGAGCUGUGGGUAGUGGAGUCACCAAAGCCAUUAUUGGAAGAAAAGAACAAGUCUAUCUUUAAAUUAAUGAUAAAUUUGAAAAUCAAUACAGUUCUGAUACUUACUAAGGCAAUCAAGCUUAUUAACUUUAUGUGGCUGCAGAUACUAAAAUCGUCCCAGUCAAUUUAUCUGGCUCUUCAAAUUAAAGUAAUAAUAUUAAUGCUUUACUUAUUUCUUUCAUAGCUGGCUAUUUCAAAUUCAUUUAUCAACUUCUUGGAAAUUAUGCAUCAGUUGAAGCCUAUGUGAAAGUUUGGACUACAAUAGAUGAUGGAAUAUCCUUUGGCUAUUAUAACAUUAUUGGGAGUCCUUUUAAAGUGUCUCUUGGUGUAUUAGAUUUAGAGCUCUAUGAAUCUUAUGAAAAUUUGGCACUUGGCGGCUUCGGUAUAACCAGUCUUUCAUUCAUUGAUUCUAUAACACCUUCCACCCUUUAUACUGGGAAAAAUUUUACAAUAGUAGUAGAGCCAAGGAAUGAAUAUGAUUAAAAUUUUGCAUAUUUUGAGCAAAGUAAUAACUACUUUUAAGUUGAUUUUACUCCUUUGCAAUCCGGAAGCACUACUUAAUAUUAGUAAUGCCUAAAAUUCAAAGGGUGCGAGUGGCAUCAUGAUUACCAAACCUUCACGAAUUUCAGACCAAACUAUGGGUCAUGCAGGCCUUGUUCUAAUGACUGCCUCAAUUAUUCAGAUAAUGAUAUAGCUCCUAAGAAUUUCAACCCUAGAGCAUAAAACUACUCAAUUUUUAUUGAAGCUGACAAUGUGAACUAUUUCUUGACUUCGAAUUUGAUAGUUUCAGGUAUAUAUGUAGUAUCUAUAACAGCUUUAAGAAUUGGCUAAUUCCGCAUGGUGAUUUAUGAGAAUUCAGACUUCACUGGCUACAUUACAGAUCUUACAGUUCCAUCAAUUAAUGUGACAUUCAAUUCACAGCUACAUCCUUUCUUCGCAAACGUAUCUCAGAGGUAUAGUGUGACUCUAUAGGGAAAGAUAAGAUCAGAUUUCAACAAUCUUUUCAAUUAUACACUGUGGUCAAAUAAAGAUGUUCUGCUCUACAUAGACAGAGAAUUGGAGUUUAAUAAGAGUGCAAUGGAAAAGGGACCAAAAUAUUUUAUGAGAGAAAUGCACAAGUAUCAACUCUUGGAUUUUGAGGUGUUUGUGAGUGAUAAAGAUAAUUGGCCUGAGUUCAAUACUAAAAAUGGGUAUAUAACUUUGUAUCAGGACAGUGGUAAUACAAAGUAUCAGGUCUUUAAACCUAAGAAUAUUUUUAUGUUUGAGCCUAUAAAAAACUCAGGAAUUCAACUCAUAAAUAUCCUAGCAUCUGAAGGAUGGGUUAGUAACAGUACUGUUUACGAAAAGAAUAAUUUGGUAAAUGUAUUGCUUUACGAAGAAAUUUACAGAGCUGGUACUAACUUUAACUUCUAAAUAAUCAUUAGAGAUUAUUAUUACAAUCAAAGAGGAGUAGGAUAUUCAGAUACGAUUAAAGCAACAGUUUACUUAAAUGGUACUAAAAUAUUAGAAAUUAGCACACUACCUUAGGAUUCAUUAACUGGAAACUACUAUUAUUAAUUUACACCAACCUCUGCACUUGCCAGAUACAAAUUAGAGUUCUAUUUAAAUGGGGAGAUCAUGAUACAAUUUUUUGAAUUUACCUUGAUAAAUUCGUUAUUAGAUGCGCUCUAUACAAAAAUAACAUUCCUAGGUUAUUUAGCCUAUACUUAGAAUGACUGUUUAUUCAUUAAUAGGCCAUUCUACAUUUUAUUUGACAUGAGAGAUAAAUACUCAAAUUUUAUACCCUACAAUGAUAUAACUGCAUUUUAAAGCUAAUCUGCGAUACAAUCAGAAUUUAUUAAGCCGAGUCUUACUCCUGGUGGAUAAUAAUUCAGCAUCAAGCAAUGCUAUAGAUAUAUCGAUCAUCCAUAUACUAUUAUGUGUCCUAUUAAACCUUCUACAGUUUAAGAUGGCUAAAUUUUGGAUAUUAAAGAUAAUAAUGGGAUUAGUUAUCAAGGAUUUCCCUAGUAUGUCAAUAUAAAGCAAUUUAAGCAAGCGAAAUUUCUCAGAGACGGGUCAAAUUCAAUAGUUAAAAGCAUUCAAACAAUAAGUUUAACUUAGAAAUCGAUUUCUUUGCAGUUCAAUACUAUUGACACCUAUGGCAAUCCAAUAACUAGUGUUAAUCUUUGCAGUUUUUAUAAUCAUCCUAGAUAUUUUUUAUACUACAAUCUUAGGUACUAUCUUGAUGAUUAGAAAACUUUAGUUACUGCAUUUACCACUUAAAUCUCUGAGACAUUUGAUUCAACUCUAAGUUAGAUGAAAUUUACUAUAGAUUCAACUCAUACUAUAACACCCUUGAUUUACAAAUACAUCUAUUUAAACUAUACUCUCCUUGAUGGUUUAAAUUAUUAAGAUGGAAUUCUGGCUAAAUUUUACACAAACAACAACCAUUUGGGAAAACCAUUAUUGACAACUAUAUUGCCAUAAAGUUAUAUUGAUGGGAGUGAUUCAACUUCAUACUGGUAUAAAAUGCACUCUGAAUUCAAAGAUUUUUCAGUAAAGUUUACAGCCCUUAUCAAACCACCAUACUCUGAAAUAUUUAGCUUUGUGACAGGAUUUAGCAAAGAUUUUUAACUUUAUGUGGAUGAUCAGUUAGUAAUUGAUUUCACUUAAACUAGUGGAUCUAUAAGAUUAGAAGCCAAUAAAUAUGUAAAGCUAAAGAUUCUAUAUCAUUAUACAGGAAACACUGCUACAGGCACCCCAAAUUUUAUUCUUAAUUGGCAGAGUACAUCUUUGACUUUCAGAGCUAUUGACAAAAUUAUUUCAAUUGCUAUUGAUCUUGAUGAUUUUGAUGAAUCUACUCUAAUAAGAGAUAUUUAUUAGGCCGAAUGA